AUGAAGUAUUCAAUCUUCGCCGCCCUCCUAUGCAUUGGAUUUGGUUUCGUACACAGGCAAUCGGACAGACCGAAUAACAUUGUAGUCGCCAAUGACGACGGAUGGGCAACAGCCCAAACUCGUGCGCAAUUCAAAGCCCUAGAAGCCGCUGGAUUCAAUCUAGUACUUUCCUGCCCCGCGAUCAAUAAGUCAGGAACAGGAUCUUCGACGGCUCCGCCGACGACAUUGACCGCACCUUGCGAAUUCAACACUUGCACGACAGGAUCUCCUCCCGAAGGUUCCGACCCUGAAGACCCUCGCCUGAACUAUGUUAAUUCCGAGUCCGUCAAUUCAGUUCGCUUCCGAAUUCAGACUCUAAGACCACAGUUCUUUGGGGGGUUGCCUGAUCUCGUGGUCAGUGGACCGAAUGUUGGGGGUCAGUACAUUUCUGUGCGCGCUGUUAUCAAAGUUGGCCCAAUUGGCACCAGCGAACCUCUGGUACGGUCGGAGCAGCGUUCGAGGCAGCCCCCGAAGGAAUACCCUCAGCUGCGUUUUCGGCCAGCCGAAUCUCCUUCACCACUCUCGAGUCUCGAUACCGAUCCAAAUUCUGCGCUCUCUAUUAGCGCUCGCAUCUAUGCUGAUCUCACCACCACCUUCACAACGACGUUGCUUGCUGCUGGAUAA